GUAAAGUUCCGGAUAUUAAAGUGAUUUUCGUCUUCCUAAAAAUAUGUAUACUUUAAAAUUUCGUACUCGUCUCUAUGGUUAACGGUGUUUGUGCAGUGUUUUACGCGAAUGUCGCCUAGAGUACUUCAACUUGGAUUUUAUUACAUAUACAUAUAUACAUAUGUAGAUCGUAUAAAUACAUUAAAUAAUUUGUUCUGCCCAUUCGUGUUCAAACAAAUGGUGGUGACAAAAACCUUUUAUUAAUGGCAAUUGUAAAUAUAGACAACUAAGUAAUCUGUAUUUCUGAAGUCUUCCCUGCCCAAAAUCGCGUUUCUAAAACACCGUCAUUCAAGAUCUGACUUUACAUUUUAAAAAUGCACACAAAUGUUAGUGCAGAUCGUGGUGGAUCAUGGAGAUUACCACCAGAUGAAACAUUACAGGUGCAAGACCCGAAGCAGAAAGAUCAAGACAUUGAUCUCGAUGAAGGACAUAACUGGCGAAGUAUAAUCUUUUCAUUGCUCGUGAUUAGUUUUGUAAUAGCUGGUAUUAUUACUGCAAUAUAUUUAUUGGGAUAUGUGGAUGAGCUUUUAUAUUGGUCAGGCCGCAGAAUGAUUUUAGAUGAAUACUUACAAGGAGAAUUGACACCAACUAGAUUACAGCCGUCAUGGGUAACACCUCAAAAGUAUGUAUUUCAAGCCGACGACGGAGGGCUUGCUAUUUUGGAUACAGCAACGAACUUAAUAAACAUCUUAGUAACAAAUCACACGCUUCGUCAAUUGAAUGUACGUGGAUAUCAGUGCUCACAUGACCUUAAAUAUGUGUUAUUUAAGCAUAAUGUAAAGAAAACUUUUCAGAAGUCGUUUACUGCAUUUUACACAAUUUAUGAUGUAGAAAAUGAUCACCAUAUGCCUGUCAAAUUAAAAGGCUCAUUAAAGGUGCAAAGAACGCGACUUCAAUAUGCAGCAUGGCUCGGUAACACGACUACAAUAAUAUUUGUAGCAGACAAUGAUAUAUUCUUACGACAAUCGCCUUUAACUGAAGAGGACAUUAGGAUAACGACUUCAGGAUGCGAAAACAAUAUCUAUAAUGGUGUUCCUGAUUGGCUUUACCAAGAGGAAAUAUUUACAAUUCCGGAAGCGAUUUGGUCGUCCGCUGAUGGAACCCAUUUCAUGUUUGCUUUAUUUAAUGACACACAAGUUGGAAUGAUGACGUAUCCGUGGCUAUCGUCUGGAGCCUUGUUUGCUGGAUCCGGCAUGUCGUCAGGCAGUUAUUUUCCAGAAACCAAAAAUGUUAGGUAUCCAACGCCAGGCACUGUCAAUCCAGAAGUUCAGUUAUGGGUUGUCGACAUUACCAACUUUGGUUCCAUAGAAAAGGUUGAAUUGAGACCCCCUCAAUCUCUUAAUGGACAGGACUAUUACCUAACGUCAGCAGGUUGGGUAUCUGAUAGCAAUCGCCAGGUAUCUGUGGUCUACAUGGGACGAUCUCAAAACUAUAGUGUGAUCACUACAUGUUCUAAACUACAAAACUGGAGUUGUUUAGAAAUUCACUCCGAACGUGCUCCCGAAGAUGAAUGGUUAGAUAUAUUUCCUCACCCGAUUUUUUCGUCGGAUGGCAACAGCUUUUUACUACUCGCGAGUAUUCAAGAGUCUGGCCAUGAUCAUUUUACGCAUAUAAAACACAUAACAAUAUCGCAGCAAAGAAUUUCUGUUAUCUCUCAUGGUAGAUAUGAGGUAAUAAAAAUACUGUGUUGGGAUACGAUAAAUCAUAUAGUAUACUAUUUGGCUACUCAAGAUAAGAAGCCGGGUCAAAGACAUUUAUAUACUGUUAAAGAUCCAAUACAUGAUGAUACAAGAAAAACCGAGCCACAAUGUAUUACUUGUGAUUUAGGCGAGGCCCUCUGGAGCAGUCGGUAUUACUAUAUAAACUGUUCACAUUUUGACGCCUUUAUUACUCCGUCACUAGGCGUGGCAACAAGCUAUGGAAUUGAGUUCUACAUUUUGGAAUGCCAAGGUCCUGGACUACCAGUAUCGGGAGUUCACAUGCAUAAGACUCACAGUUUAGUCAAAAUUUUAUAUGACACGCGGCCAUUUUAUACAGAGAAACUUCAAAAACUCGCACUACCAAUCCAGCGAUCAUUUGAAAUCCCCUUGCCACAUGGAAGCCGAGCUCAGGUUCAAUUGCUGCUGCCACCCAGCUGGAGAGAAGAACUACGGGACGCUGCAUUUCCUGUUGUUGUCGAAGUAAAUGGUCGACCCGGCUCAGUAUCAGUUUCCGAAAAGUUUAGAAUAGAUUGGGGAACAUAUAUGUCUUCGAGAAAUGAUGUUAUUUAUGUCCGCCUAGAUGUUAGAGGCGCAAAAGGUCAAAGCAAAAAAUCUCUAUAUCGUCAUUUGGGAGGAGUCGAAGUGGUAGAUCAGAUCUCUGUCCUAAGAUACCUGCUAGAUACCAUUAGUUUCCUAGAUGAAACCCGAGUUGGUAUAUGGGGCUGGGGCUAUGGGGGCUAUGUUACCUCAAUGGUUCUUGGCACGCAGCAGGAUGUGUUUAAGUGUGGAGUUUCGGUAUCCCCUAUUGCAGAUUGGCUUUAUUACAAUUCGGCGUUUACUGAGCGUGUUCUGGGACUGCCUGCUGAAAACUAUAAAGGAUACGUUGAAGCUGAUGCAACGCAGCGUGCUCGUCUCAUAAAAUCAAACUCUUUUUUUUUGAUUCACGGCUUGGCCGACUCAACCGCUCCAUAUGUGCAUGGAGUGCAGCUAGCUAAAUCAUUAACAGACGCAAAUAUUCUGUAUCGGUACCAGACUUAUGCUGAUGAAGGUCACGACUUAAAUGGAGUACUUGAGCAUGUAUAUUCAUCUAUGGAGCAUUAUUUUGCAGAGUGUUUAAGCUUGGAUCCGGAUGACACAAAACCUGACAUAGAUCAAAAUAUGGUUCCAGCCGAGUAAAAAGUAAUAAUAGAAUAUGUAAAUAAAUUAGUAUUAACGAUUCACGGACUCAUAGCUAAGGAAUACAAAACUUUGAAGGUCGUGACAAUAUUGAAUUUAAUCGGAAACGAAAAUUUUGCUUUAGUCCGUCUAAAACAUCUCAAUAGAUAUUUAUAUAUUCAAUUAACGGCUUUUUGGUUCUUCCAUUAUACCAUGUAAAACAAGGAUGAGGCCAGAGAUUUAGAUAUUAAUAUAUUUUAUUGGUAUGUUUUAGGAAACGUUAUCUUUGGACAUGUUUGUAAAACUUUAACUUUACUUUUGUAACCUUUAUAUUGUUCUUUACACAAAGUACUCCUACAUUAAUAGCGCGGUUCAACUAAGAAGAUAUUCUCAAAAAAUACCAACUUUAAUGUUAGAAUCGACGUUCCUGCUUGCCUGUUAAUUUGUCGUUCAAUUGAAAACAAAGCAGCUUAAAGACUAGUACUUAAAUAUUCUGGGGGUGCGAAAUCUCCAUGUUUCUCUUGAUAUACAUAUUCUAUAUGUUAUAUGUAUGUACAUUGUACAUACAUAUAAACAUCGCCGUGUCGAGAGAAAUUUGCAGCCCAGCAGGCGUUAAGAUUUAGGCGGCGCCACAUUUUUUAACAAAAGAUAAUUUAUUUGAAUACAUAAGAAAAAUGACAAUGCCAGUGUCACAAUUAAAACUAAAAUGAAUUAAAUUUUACAGAAUUUAAUUAAGCAUUUUCUAGCUUUUAAAGAAGUAAAAUCACCUCCCUUUUUCAUAUUUAGAGAUUCUGUUAUAGGUUAGGUUAGGUAUAUAGGGCUGCUAGGCCGCAGUCGAGAUAACUUGGAGGCAGAUCUGCCCAUUGUGAUGCCCAUACUUGUCAUGUGAUGGUGUCCUCUAAUCAGGGAGGUUUUUUAAACCAUCCCGAGGCCUCAAUAAAGAGUACCAGUUUCCCCAGCGGCACGGUCGCCAGGCUGUCCAGGUCAUCGAAGACGGCUCCUCCGACUAUACGAUGUCGCCUUCCCAUAAGAGCGGGUAAGCUACAGAAGAGAUACAGAGGAGGUGCACCUCCGGUAGUAGAUGGGAUUAUACAAUCAAUUGAAAAAAAACUGAGACUAAUAAGUCUCUCCUGCAACAUCGAAGCAAACUCAAAUUUUUUGUAAUUUGGUGUUAAAUCAAAAUUAUGAAUAAAUGCAGAAUUUCAAAAUGAACAAAUUUUUUCAAAACUUUCGCUUAAAGCGUGAAAUUUUUAUUCUUGCACUCACUUGUUGACAGUUCUGGACUUAAAUUGACUUAAGCAGCAUACAUAUUUAAAGUCUAAAUUCAUUGCAUGCUUUUAAAGAUUAUUCUCAGGCUCGGAUAUAAUGUUAAGACCUGUUUAAAUAUCAGAAUACUGAGAAAAGGGUAAAUAUUUGAUGUAUGUAUGCCGCGAUUUUUCAAGAAGUUCCAUUUUUAUCAUUACAAAUUGUAAACAUAAUAAUGUAUGCUUUUGAAUAAAAUGAAAACAUUUGCAAA